UGGCGGCCAUAUUGAAUAGCGUUUGACAGUUUUGCGUCUCGAGGAAGCUUGAAGAUUUCUUAAUGUUAACUUAUGCUCAGAAAAAAUAAAAGUUGUGCUUUUCAGUCAACUCGGGACGUUUGUCCUACAUUUUAAUAUUUUCGCCUUAGCCAGGAAAUGGACGAAGAUGAACGCCAGAAGAAACUAGAGGCGGGAAGAGCUAAGAACUCCUCUAACAUGCCACGAAAGCAGUCGCUUGCUAGCUUCCGACAGAAGCGGGCGAAGAGCAACGGUGCGGGGGCGGCGAAAAAGGCGUCGAAGAGGACGGGCCCGCCUGUCACGCAGGAUGACGGUGCGACGCAAGACUCCCACAUAGUGCUGCCGGCGCCGCCAGCAAAUCACAACGAGACGGAUGGGAACUCCGUACACGAGGAUACACCGAAGCCCCAAAACGCAGAGGUUCACCGACAGAAGGACGAGCUUCUCACCACGGAGGCGAACAUUUCACCCGUCGGUGAACUGAGAGAUGACGAGCUGCUUGCGCUCACCAGUCAAGAACAGUUGCAGCAGUUAAAGCAGGCCGUGGAGAAGCGCAACGAAAUCAUCGCCAAGCUCACCUCUAAACUGCAGGAGGCGCUGGCCAGUCGAGACGAGGUCCAGCUGGAGGUGCAGUCCCUCGCCGGCCAGAUCCAGGACCUACAGAAACAGCUCCAACAGACCAGCGUGGGCUUUCAACGCCUUAAAAAUCAGCCCGGAGCAGACAUCUGUGAUGCGGCUAAACAGCAGUGGAUGCUCACCUCCCAAAAUGAGGACCUCAGCACGGAAGAGGCAUCGAGUGAGCGGUCGGGAAGUGGUGCCCGAACCGGCGCCGAGGGCUUUGGCACCGACAGCGAGACGGAGACGGACAACGUCCUGUCCGAGCUGAGGGCUAAGCUACGAGAGGAGAAGGACAACUGCCUACGCCUGUGUUCCGAGCUGGAAAAAGAGAAGGAGAGUCACCAACACGUGCUCAGCCAGCUGAGCGAAGUCCGGACUCACUACCUCGAGGAGAAGGAGGUGUUCACCCGCCGUCUCCAAAACGUUGAGGACGAGCGACUGAAACAGGAGGAAGCUAUGAGGAAGUUGGAAGAGGAGCACAGAGAAGAGCUGGAGAGGAUCAACCGGCUGUUGGAGGAGAGCGCCAAAGAAGUCACGGGACUGAAAGCUUCCAAGAACCUUCAGAAUCAGGCCAAAGCUGGUUUUGGUUACUCUGAGGUCGCCGGCAUCGACAAAAGCAACGGCGAAAUUGGGCCGGUUGAGGACAGCUUGAAUGUGUCGUCUUCUGGGGACAUUCUGAUGGAACGCUACUUUGCAUCGUCUUCACAGGUUCAUGUCGGGCCUUGCGGUCAGCUGGACAUCUCUUCAGACCAAAGCUUUGAGCUGAACAGUGACCUUUUCUGCGAGCAACCUCUGCUAUCCAUCUCCAACUGUGCUCCCAAAGAGGACUCGGACGUUCACGACGACUCACCCUUCGUUCGUGCGUCUGAAAGUUCAAACGCCUUAUGGCUCAACGACUCCGUUUUUGAGCCAGCGGGGACGAGCGGCGAGACGGACCUCAAACAGCAGUGCAGGGAGCUGCGUCAGGAGCUGUCCAUGAAGGACCGCGAACUAAACGUGAUGCGAGAUGAAGUGUGCAAGACUGCAGAAGAGGUGGAGGAGGUUAGGAACAGGUGGGCUCAAGUUACGGAGGAGCUCAUGGAAGCCCUCCGAGAGCUCGAGGAAGAGAAGGAGCGAAGGAUUUGCGCCGAGGAGGAGUUGGACCUGAGAAGUCAAGAUGGCCUUAAGAACAACCCAGCCGCCUUAUCGGAGGAAACGUCCCCGCUGGUCUCUUCGGUAGAGGAGGAUGAAGCGUCUGAGAAGCUAAAUGAGGGGAACGAGACGCUGUUCCUGUUGCAGCAAAACCAGCAGGAGAUGCUGGAAGCGUCUCUACAGAAGAUUAAACAGACUGCUGAUGGUACUUUACAUGCUGACAACCGUCUGCAAACACUGCAGGAAAAUUAUAACAAAGUUACAUCGGAGCUGGAAGAGACAAAAAUAAUGUAUCAAACCACUUCUGCUCUACUGGAUGAAAGAACCUCGGCAAUGGACCUAACAGCGGAGGAGCUCCAAAGCACACGUGCUCACCUACUAGAUGUCCAAAUGGAGGUCAAAAACCUGCAGGUAGAAUUGGAGAAGAAGUGCAGCCAUUUGCAAAAUGCUGAGAAGCGCAGGAGUGAACUGGAAGCUGAGAUGGUCAACCUGGAGGAGGCCCAAGCUCUGGCAAAGCAAGAGAAAGGCAGAUACCAGAGCAAAGAAGAGGAGAUGGUUGAACAAAUGAAGAAGAUGGAACAGGUUCUCAGGGAGGAACUUGAACACUUUGAGAACUUGCUGCAAGUCAAGGAUGCAGAGUUUUCUGAAGAGAAAGAGAAAUGGGAGGACGAGAGACGGGAGAAGGACAAAGAAGUUCAGGAUGUGAGGGAAAUCCUUGAGGAGCUCAGAAAGGAGCGGGAGGACGAGGUGAAGGCUUUGAUAGAGCGGCAGGUCUCGGCUGUGGAGGAGGCCACGGAGAGGCUUCAGGUGUCCCACCAACAAGAGAUGGCAAACCUGCUGGAUCAACAUCAACAAGAGAUGUCAGAGUUGGACAGCCGCAUGGAAAGUGAGCUGCUGGCGCAAAAAGCGGCCAUGGAGCAGGAGCAGAAGCGACAGAUCACCCUCAUUAAGCAGGUGACGGAACGCGAGCACGAGCGGACAGUGUCGGAGCUGAAGGAGAAACACGAUGAGGAGCUCAGUCGGUUGAAGACGCAAGUUCUAUUGGAGGUGACGGAGAGUCUGGAAGCCGCACACCAAGUUGAAAUGGAACAGGAACAGGCCAAGAAAAGCCGUGAGCUGGAAGCCUUGCGCCUGAGCUUGACGCACCACCAGCCAUCCCAGCUCGUGGUCUCCGAGGAGACGGCUCUCGCAAAGCUUCAGGCGUCCCUGGGGGACCAGCACCAGUUGGAACUGGACCGCAUCAGAGAGCAGAAUGAAGCACAGAGGCACCAACUGAGUGAGUUGCAUCAUCGUGACCUGGAGGAUUUAAAGCAGCAGUUUGCUGACGAGAAAGGUUCCAUGGAGGAGAAGCAGACCAAAGAGAUAAACGUUCUCAGGUCAGAACUUUCCGAAACGCAGGCCUCCCUCGCCCACACCAGCCAAGCUCUUAUCAAAGCCAAGGGUUCUCUGGAGGAGUUGAUGUCCAGCCACAAUGUGUUGCUUCAGGAGAGAGAGCAGCAAGUGCGCCACCUAGAGGAGAUGCAGCAGCUGCAGCAAGAGGUGACGCAGCUGCAGGAGGAGAAAGAUCUGCUCAAGAAGAGCUCACAGCAGGAAGCCAGUCAAUUGUGGACUCAGCUGGAGAGCAUGAGAGCCAGCCGUCAAGAGCUCGGAGAGCUGAAGGAGCAGCUGUUGGCUCGCUCGUCCUGCGUGGACGACAUCGAGCGCCUCAAAGCCGAAUUCAACCAACAAAAGCGUGAAAUCAAAGAGCAGAAUGAGGCUGAGCUGGAAAGCCUGAGGAGGUAUUUUGAGCAGCGGUUGCAAGUGUCUGAGGAGAGCUACCGCGAGGAAAUUGCUCUGCUCCAGCUGAAACUGGUGGAAAGUGCUUUGGAAGAGUCUGUGCUCAAAACCACGAGCUGCAGCUUCAUAUCUCAAGAGGAAACGGACCACGUGCAACGUGACACCAGCUUUGAAGCGGACGAACAAAAGAAAAUGUUUGACACUCAACUGGAGGACAAACAUAAAAUGGACCUCAGUGACCUACAAUCAUCCUUUAAGGAAGAACUGCACCAGGUGCGUUCAGAUCUCGCCGAACGUUACUACAGCGAACUGCAGGAGAUGAAGACUCGCCAUUCGCUGGAGCUGGAGCAGCUCCGAGCCAAACUUUCUGACCGUCACUUACAAGAUAUCACUCGUGUCCACAUGGAGCUGACGAGACAAGUCGAGGUGGAGGUUGAACUGCGUCUAUGGUGCGCCAUUGAGGAGCUGCACACCAAUUUGACCUUCAUCCACACUUUGGAGAACACGCUGGCCGACGUGAACAAACGCAACGGCGAGUUGCAUCAGAUGAAUGAAAAGCUGAAAAGGGAUCUCGACAAGGAGCGUGUCAGCCUUAAAGACGCUCUGGCGCAACAAGGCCAGGAGGAAAUGAGGAGGAUGAGAGACCUGCACCAAGAAGAACUGGCUGCCAUCCAGACUGAGAUGGAAGAGAAGAAGACGCGCUUGGAAAAAGCGCUCUCCGAGAAGGAAAAGUCCACGGAGAGCGAGUGCCCCCAGAUUCUUGUGGAGCUCCAACAUGAGAAGAACAGCACGGCAAAGGAAAUGAAAGAGCUGAUGCUUCUUCUCCAGCAGCAGGCGGAGGAGCGACUGAAGCAAGCCCAGGACCGAUUUGAGGAAGAAAAAGUGGUGUUGGAGCAGUGUUUGGCUCAGAAGAAUGAAAUCUCUAUGGCGGAGCUGCGCAACAAACAUCACGCCAAGUUGGAACAGGAGCGAGCGGCCCUCGCAGACAAACACUCCAAAGAGACGGAGACUCUCCACGCCAAACACAAAGAGCAAGUGGACUCGCUCAGCGCCAGGCACGGGGAGCAGCUCGCCGCCGUCAUUUCCCAACUGCAGUCAGACCACAAAGCCCAGCUUGUUGCUUUGGAAGCGGCGCUCAAUUCCAAGCGCAGGGAGGACCUGGAAGCCCUCGAGGUCAUGUUUCAAGAAACCGGUCGGGCUCAGUUGGAGGCUCGAGAAGCCGAGCUGGCUCGGAAACACCAGGAGGAGACGGAUGAAAUGGAGAAGAGGAUGCUCAGUAACAUGGACACCCUGGAAGCAACGUACCUUAAGGAAGUACACGCACUGCGUGAUGAAAUGGUGCAACUGGAGCAGAGGCAUCUUCAGGACCUCAGUGGUCAAAAGGCGGACCACCAGCGUAAAAUGGAGCGUCACGCCGCCGAGCAGGAGGCUCUCAGAGAGGAGCUGCGAAAGGAUCUGGCUCAGAUACACGUGGACAAGUUCAGGGCCAUGGCGGCCGAGCUCAGCCACGCUCACCAGACUGAACUGUCGGCUCAAAAAGAGUCCUUGGACACUGAACACUGCAAAGCUCUGACUGGCCUGAAGACGCAGGUUCUGGAACUUGAGGAGCAACACGGCACUGCUCUUGAGGAGCUCACGCAGGCGUACGCCGCUGAGAAAGAACAACUUCUUCAACAGCACCAACUCCAUCUUCAGGAGCUUAAAGGAGCCUCGGCACGGGAACUGGAGGCAUGUCGUCGGGAGCUUGAAGAGUCGUCGUCGAGGCAACGACAGCACUUCUUGGAGGAGGCGGAGAUCCUCAAAGUCCAAUCCAGGGAGAGGUUGCAAGAGGAGAUUCAGCACAAGAAGGCUGGAAAGGAGGCGGAGCUUGAGGACCUGCGUCGGGCAUUGGCGGAACAGGAAGAGAAGGAGCGCAACUACACCGGCAAAAUGAGUCAGCUCACCGCAAAACUGCAGCAGCUUGACACUGUGGUGGCCCAGUUGCAAGCGGAGAUCGGCUGCCUGCGAGGAGAGUUGGAAGGCAAGCGUGCCGAGAUGGAGACGCUGGACACUCUCCUCCAAAGACGGGAGCGUGAGAGUCAGGAGGGAGGCAACCUUCUCAAAAUGCUCACCCAUGACUUGCAGACCGCCAAAGAAGAGAGACGUAAGCUGCACCAGGACAACGACAAGCUGAAGAAAGCGCUGAUUGAAAUGCUUCGUAGUACCGUUGCGACUGAAGAGCUGAUUGGCAAAAAGAUUAACACCCGAAGCAACGUGCCUGGGGAAGUCACCCACCAGAGGAGCCCAUUAGGGAAUAGUGACGCACAAGAAUCGGGCAUUCUGGUUGCGGAUGAGUCUCAAGCCGAGGAGUUGGAGUUGACACACCAACUCUGCGAGAGUCUGCUGGUUUCGGACACGCACAUUAAUCCUGGAGGAGAGGAAGCGGCCAUGAAUGCCUCCGACCGACUCCGCCAAACAGUCGAUAUGCUCCUGGAGCUGCUCAACCAGGCCAAUACACAGCUGGAGCAGACACAUAACGUCCACUUGUCUCUGGAGGAGAGGUUCGCCCAAAGCCAGGAGGAUUCGGCCCAACUCUUCGAGCAGCACAAUCUCUUGUUGAUGCAGGUUGAGCAGGAAGUGAAGUUGAAGAGUCAACUGGAGCUGGAACUCCACAAGGCUGAGGGUCUCCUGGAGGGUUAUGUGGCCGACAAGGCGGCUCUGGAGGAGGCCUUCCUGCAGAAGGAAGCGCAGGAGGAGCGCUUAGCGCAGGAGCUGGAGGACCUCCGAAGGAAAACUCACCAGACGGAGGGAUUCUGCGCCGAGCUGGAAAACUUGCGAGCCAAACACCAGGAGCUGAGCGAGGAGCACGCCGCCAUCUUGCGGCAAAAGGAGCAUCUCUCCGCCGACCUCGGGGAGAGGGAAAAAGGUCUGCUGGCAGAGACGGAGCGCUUGACCCGGGAGCGUCUGGACCUACAGCGGCAGGCCGAGAAGGACCACAGCUCUCUGUCACAGCGCCUGCGGACUCUGGAGAGGGAGCUGGAGGAGCAGGAGACCAAGGGCCUGGAGAAGGAAUUGCACCACAAGAACCGCGCCGAAGACCUCGACCAGCAGGUGCAAGCGCUGGAGAAACAACUCAAGCACGAUCGGCAGUUCAUUGAGGAACAAGCCGUGGAGCGUGAGCACGAGAGAGACGAGUUCCAGCAGGAGAUCCGACGGCUGGAGAGUCAGCUCAGGCAGACGGCCGGCGGCGACGUCAAAGGACACAAGUUUGAGGACUUGGUUCUGCAGGUGGAGAGUCUGCAAGCCAUCAUCAAAGACAAGCUGGAGGACCACGCCUCCUUGGCGCUAACCAACCAGCAGGCGCAGAGAGAGCUCGCCGAGCGCAACGAGGAGAUCGACAAGAUGGCUACAAGGAUCCGCGAGCUGGAGCAAGCCCUGCUCAGUAGCACCGAGUGUAACAGAGCCGUCGGGCAACUGGAGCAAGAACUUCACCGGGCUAAGUUGAGGGAAGAGGAGCUCACGCAAGACAAGCAGGCCCUGGAACAGCAACAGUUGUCCAACAGGCUUCAGAUCUCAGCGCUGCAGUCCAAGCUGGAUGAGACGAGACACUGUUACCAUGACAACACGCGAGAACCCACGCAGGAGCUCAGGGAUGCUCUGGACGUGGCACAGCAAAGCCUACAGAGCAAGGAACAAGAGGUGAACGUUCUACUGGGCCAACUGGAGAACGUGCAGGGCGACCUAAGCAUCAAGGAAACAGAGCUGAAACAUCUCGCGCUCCAACUGGAGCGACUCACCAGCGACAACGCAGCACACGUUCACGAGCUGCAGAAGCAGAUAGAUGCCCUCGAGGAAAAAGUGUCUUCCCUUAGUAUUCUGGCAGAGGAAAAAGAGGUACAAAGACCGGUGGACGAUCCGAAAGUGGAGACCCUCCCCUCUGCUCUACUGCACGAGAAGAACCAGGAGAUUGACCACCUCAAUAAUGAGAUUCAAAAGCUGGAACAGGAGCUGGAGAAUACCAACAAUAAGGAUCUGGAGGUGGAGCUCCACGACCUAAGCUCGCAAGUGGAGCAUCUCCAGUCAGAAAUUGCCAGGUUGCGCCAGGACAGGGGCGAAGAAGAAGAGCGCCUCCACGAGGUCAUCAGCACGCUGCAAGCCGAGCUCUCCAGGCUCGGGCCCAACGUGUGCGAAGUGAGCGACUCGCAGGACGGCGACAGCAUCAACCCAUCGCCGGCCCCGAGCCCUGAGCCUCGAGUCGGGCCCAGCAGCCUGAAGCACGAACUCAGCUUGAGUCACUCGGCGUCGACUCGGCCCCUCCGCACCCGCCUGAAAGCGCUUCAGAGUCAGCUGGAGACGGCGGUGGCUGAGAAGGAGGCCCUGGAGCGUUUGCUGCUAACCCAGGAGGAAGAGUACAGAGGGCACGGCGAAGAGUUUGGCAAACGGCUGACGGCGGAGAGGGAGAAAGCGGACGAGAUCCGAGGCCUCUUCGCUCUCAAGGAGGCCGAGCUGGUGGGCAUCGAGGAGGAGAGGAACGCUUUCCGAAAACAGGCACAGCAAGUGGACGCCGUGCAAAAAGAGAGAGACCACCUCAGCUCUCUGGUUACUCAACUUCAACAGAAGUCUCAAGACCUCGUGAGAGAAAUCGAGGCUUUAAAGAACAAAGACCGGGAAAUGGAGAAUGACAGCCUGACUCUGGAAGCACAAGUCCAGAGGCUGCGAGCCGAAGUGGCGGAGAGAGACGAGGCCGUCGCCGAGGAGCAGGCGAGGGCGGACGCGCUCGAGACUGUCAAGGCGGAGCUUUCGGAUGAAAGGGAGACGCUCAGGAGGGAGGAGGGGCAGCUCCAGGAGGAAAUUGAAAGGCUUGGACAAGAAGCCGCUGCGCUGAGGGCCCGCGUUGACGAGCUCACUGCUCAGCUUCUAGAAAAGCAGACUCAUCAAGAGGAUGCCCAAAAGGAAGUGCUGACCCAUGCAGAGGAGACUCUGGCUAAAGCCGAUGCCGCCUUAAGGCUGAGCGAGACGGAGCUGGCGAGACUGGGGGCAGAGCAUCAGGCCCUGAGGGAAGAGUUGACCACCGUGAAACAAGACUUAAGCAACACCACUCAAAGGGCUGAAAAACUACACCAAGAAGGACAGAGCAAAGACCGCGCCGUAGCGGACCUGGAAAAUAACAACCGCCUGCUGAAAGAAGAGCUUGAACGCCUACGGGAAGACCUGAACACACACGAGGAGACGCUGGUCCCCCAGCAAAGCCAGCUGCAGCACAGCCAACCGGACACGUUUGUUCAAUACAAGAGAGACCCGUACAGGGAUCUUUCUCAGAGGGCCUUAGAAGACGUGGUGAGGCUCUACCGUGACAACACCUCCUUGAGCUCCCCGGAGGUGUUGCGGCACCUGGAGCGCUCCGAAGAGUUCUUCCAAGAACAGUUUCACGUGUCCGCUCUGGGCUCUCGUCUGUCCGAGCUAAGCGUGCUAGAUCAGGACCACGUUCGGGUUAAUAAAUCCCCCGUGGUGGCGAUGGAGCCACCGCUCUCCAGGACCAUCACACCGGACCUGACCACACAGAGCAGCCACUCCCCUCGAUCGCUCUCCGUCUCGGAUAACUUCUCCAUCGUGGACUCGGUCGGCGAAGACAAAGUGUGUGAUUUGGAAGGACUUGACGUAACAGCACCCCCGUCACCGCUCGGCUCCGCCUCUUCCAUAUCGGCACCAGAAUGGGCCAGCGACGGCUACGGCAGCAACAUGAGCUCGGAACUGGGCGCCAGGCUGCGAGUGGAGCUGGACCAGACCGAGAGGCUGGACGCACAGUUUGUCGAGUAUCUCCGCUGCCGGGGCAUGAACCCCACGGCUAACACCGAUAGCGCUGCGGGCAGCAUGAGCUACUGCGAUGACCUUUUGUCUCCGGAACUUCAGGCCCUGUUAAGGAAAGUGUACCAAGAAAGCUGUCGAAUACUGACCUUGUCCCAGCGUCGGGCCUCGUCCUCGUUCCAUCCAUCAUACGUGGCGGAAUUCAACUCGCUCUCGCAGCUCCAGGAUCAAGAGCGUCCCGCUUUACUGGGCCAAGGGGACAAGCCGUCGUCCGACGCCCCGAUGGGCUGGCAGGAGGAGAAGAGGGCCCUGCAGGAGACGGUGAUCGCACUGCGUGAGCUGCUCUGCCGAAUGGCACAGAGGCGUACAAAUACUGACACCAGAGCUGGCGCUGACAAGGAGCAGCUGCAGUCAGAAUCCCAAACAAGGGCAGAUCUGGACGAGAGCCAGAAGCGGCUGAAAUAUGCACACGAGACACAGCAGGAGCAAAAGAACAAAAUACAGACACUCAGGUUGACUGUAGAAGAGUGCGAGCAGACGUUGACAAAGGAACGAGCGCUCGCCCUGGAGCUUAAGCAGCAGCUGGAGCAAGAACGAGCUCUCAACGUGCGUCAAGAGAAUGAGGUCGAGCAAAAAUUAGAGGUUAUGCGAGCAGCCGCUGAGGAGCGGCGGUCCGAGAUGCUGGCCCUCCAGGGUCUCGUGGAGCAGGAGAAGGUGGCGAGCAGCAACCUGAGACGCGAGCUCCAGAUCGAGCAGUCCCGCAGCGAUUUGCUGGAGAAGCGUUUGGACCACUUGCAAAAGAAGCUCGAAGACGAGCGCCGGCACUCGGCCGACCUACACGAGGAGAACGCCCGCCUGGAACGCCUCCUGAGCCAAUCGGAAUCCCGCCUCGUCGAAGUCCGCUCCAAGCUGGCUGACUCCCAAAGGACGCUGGACGAAGCGCUUGACCGCUGCUCCAAACAAAUCGACAACGUGAACCGCAGACACGAAGCCGACGCCGCCCGAGACAGGAAGUUCAUCUCCGACUUGCGCUCGCAGCUCGAGGAGGAGCGAAGGCGAGGGGAGGAUCUCGCAGCCUCGGCGGACAAACUGAGAGCGGAGGUCUUGGAGAGCAGGAGGAGACUCGAUGAGGAAAAGAGCCGGGAGGAAACCUUGAGGGAGCAGAAAAGAAAGGUCGACCUCUCUUUGGAGGCGCAGGUUGCGGAGCUCGCGGAACUGAAGGAGAGGAUGCAACUGUUGAAGGACAAGCAGAAGGAACGUGAGGAGCAAUGGGAGCAGGAGCGCCAAAAGGGCUGGCAGGAGCAGAUGGAGAAGGAGAGACGGCAGGAGAGGACCAAUAACAAACUGCGCGACCUGGAGUUGCUGAGGCAGCAGGACAGGAAACACACGGAGGAGCUACAACGCACUUUGGCCGAGCUCCAAAAAGAGGAGCGGGACAUGGCCGCUCAGAGGAUCUCGGGACUGAGCGGCGAACGCUGCCGGUUGGAUCGCGGCGACGCCGGCGGCCAAACCUCACAACGCAGUCAGCAGAGAGCGCCCACUACCUCACCCAGCCAGCUGGAGAAGAUCCUGAGCGAGAAUGCUCAGUUGACACGCAGCGUGACGUCUCUAGGCCAAGAAAAGAGCGCCCUGAAACAUAAAGUCUCCUACCUGGAGCGCCAACUGCACCGUGCUGAGAAUGAGCUGGCUAAAAUGGCCUCGGAGAGUGAAAACAUACCGGUCAACGAAAUGGCUCCCAGCAAGGUGCAGCGUUUAUACGAGCGCUACCUGCGCGCCGAGAGCUUCCGGAAAGCGCUGGUGUACCAGAAACGCUACCUGCUGUUGCUGCUUGGAGGAUUCAAGGAGUGUGAGCGGGCCACCCUGUGUCUGAUCACCACCAUGGGGGUACAACCGUCGCCGCCGACCACGUGCCGGAAGCCCCUUGGAAGGUUUCGGUCGGCGGUGCGAGUGGUCAUCGCCAUCUCGAGAAUGAAGUUCCUAACCAGGAAGUGGCACAAAGCCAUCAGACGCUUACCUGUGUGCGCGACCGCACAUGUCCACGCUCCAGGGUUGAAAGCCGAAGUUUUACGAGAGCAACAGCAGCCUCGCUUGAAUCCCGAGUUCUCCCCGAACAGAGAUGCGGCGUCUGCUUUCGUCUCGCCCAGCAAAACGUCCUUCAGGUUGCACAACAGGUCCUGCUCAACUCCAACUCAAGCCUCAACGUCUCAAGACCCAGAAAAAUCCCUGACUGAUUACAUCCACCACUUGGAGAAGGUCCAGCAUCGGCUGGUCGGUUCCAAGCCAGCAGUCGCAUUUAGUCCCGCCCAGAAACAUGUGAUGGACAUCACAAGUGAUUCAGUCCCCCAAUAUGAUUGGCUAUCGGCAACGCUGGCUACGGGAGAACCUGAGCUGCUUGUCACCCCUUUGCCCGCACAGCCCAGUGGAUGGAUCUUUGAUGGCGGCACGGUGGAUCUCUGCUUAGCCUACCCGCCUUGUGAUUUAGAGGUCAUGAGCUCCAAUCUGGGCUGCAGCCUCCCUCAAUGGAGUUUGCAUGCCCUCCCAUUGCCUACGUGGGUUUACUCCGAGUACUACAGUUUGCUUCCACUUAGCGAAAAUACGCAUGGUCCUUCAGUCGUCCAGCAUGAGCCCCAAAUGUGACCAUUGAUGCCGUCAGUGUCCCCAGUUUGCAGCUGUCUAUGCCUUACGUCAAAGCCGUACCGUUUUGUACAUGUACAUAACGUGUCAUUUUGUGCACAAAGUAUUUUUGGAGCUUUUCUACGACAUUUGUUUUCUAUGUAUUUCAAUUUUGAUGCUCAAAUGAGUUUUUCUCUUGUUUCAAGAAUGUUUUUUUUCUACUCAAAUUGUACAUCACCAAAUGUGCUGUGUCAUGCGUGUUUUUAUGUGCGUGUGUUGAAAAGUCCUUAAGCUGUACAGCUGAUUGUACAUUGGCCAUUUUAUAUUGUUUGUAUUGUUCUGAUAAUAAAUAUUUUAAAUGUGCUUUUAAA